AUGAAAAUCCGCGAUAGCGCCGUUGACGCAUUCACACUAGUCAAGAGUGAACAUCCCGGUCGGCAUUUCCUCGUCCAGUUACGGAACCUAGUCAUCCAUAAAAUCUUUCCACUCGUAGCUCAAGCCGCACUCAUCGUGAUCCUCUAUCAUGAAGACCUCAUUGUGCUCGAUGUAGCAGAGUGGCAACAGGUGUGUUUGCCAUCCGUUGGGUCGUUCACUGUUGUUUUGACACCGUUACCGUUUAUUAUGGAGGCCUUGACUACACUGGAAGCAAGCCAGUACCAGAAGCCAACGAGCAGUAGCACUCGCCCACCAACGUCUACGUCGACAAGCAACGGUGGAGCAGCUACCGGUGGGCUCGGUGCACACAUGAAAGCAAAGGGCAAGAAACACUUAUCUCAGUCUCAUCUUGGCGCUGGAGGCGCUGGAGGGACGCAAAGUGCCUUCACUGCUCUCGCUGGUACCGGCGUUAGCGAGAUCGCCAUCACCGAGCUGGAUAUCGUCGGUGCGGGCUCAAGCGACUACGUGACCGUCGUCAAAGCAUGCCUGGCCGUCUCCGCCUGCGUGGGUAUCACGGUCUGGGGUGUCAGUGAUAAAGACUCUUGA